UUUUUCCUCACUCUUUUUGUUUCCCUUUCAUUUUUGUUUUAUGCGUACAACCGAAAAUGAUUAUCUAUUUUGGAUCACAGAAGCUAUUGCUAUGACAGGGAAUAUUGGUAAGACCAAUUAAAAGAGAAAAAGUAUCAACAUUGCUUCAUGUAUUAUAUACUUAUUUAUAUAUUAGGUAUGUCUGUCGAAGAUGUAUGGUCACUUUUGAAUAGUAGAACCAAAGAAGUAGAUACAAUUGAAGAUCUCUGGAAAGUUUUGAUUCAACAUUCUGACCUUAUUAUUCAAACUCGGGACGAACCAUUGUCAACACCAAAACCAAUAGCAUCCAAUCAAUUAGAAACAUAUCAACAAACAAAAUCAAAAUAUGGCUCAUUGAUCGUAACGGCAAAUUCAACUUUACAAAAUGAAAUAUUACUUCAAGGUCUUCAUAUCACUUUACCAGCUAUACAACGUACCAUUUUGGAAAGGAUAGGAUCUUCUGGACCGUCGGGGAUUGCUCAAUGUGUGAUUGCAAAGGACUUGGAACUCAAACCUCAAACCAUUUUCCAUCACCUCAAAAAACUACAAGAACGUAAAUUGAUUAUAAAGACACCAUCCAUAUACCAAGGUCAAUAUACAAAUACAUGCGUUCAUAUAUACCAUUCCAAACACGGAAAGAAUGACGAUGAUACAAUGGCCACAGGAACUAACAUUUUGGACAAUAAGACACAAUCAUCUCAUAUGAUUGGCCCUGAUGAUGAUUCUAUUAGAUAUGACAUGGCUGCUGAAACUAUUAACUAUCAUUUAUCACAAGCGAAGGACAAUAUUAUGGUACUCUCGGAUUUAUUGCAAGCAGCGGGAUUCAAGACAGAAAAACAACUCAAAUGGGCAAGAAAUUUUCUAGCUAAAAAGCAUACGGAAGGAUACGUGGAAAAAUUAUUAUCUACAGCAAAUGGUCGAAGAACAAUGUGCGUACGCCUAAUAAAACCAAUUCUAAUCAAUGAAGAUAAAAGUGAAAUAACUACUCGGGAUGAUGAUGAAAUAUUGGAUCCAACAACUACCGGAACAAAACAGAAAGAAAUGGAGCCAUUAACUAUGGAUACGGUGGAAUCAUGUAUUAUUGCUAAACAAGGCCAAGGAUGCACAACAAAGGAUAUAUAUUUAGCAUUUCCAGAUCGCCCAAAGUCAACUAUUCAUACGGUGAUCAAGAAACUAAGGGAUAAAGCAAAAUCAAGAUUGAUUGCUAUCAAAGAAUUACAAGGCCGAUCUCAUGUGUAUCGAUAUUUUUCUCAGGAUGGAUAUAAGCAGUAUCAAGCAACCAAAGAUGGACAUGCUGUACUACCAACAUCGAUGUCAUUCAGCAGCGAAAAAUCUGAGCAAUCAAGCAUAGAUGAUUCUUAUACAUCAAUUCAUGCAAAGGGAACAAAAAGGAAAACAUCAUCAACAUCUUCAUUAUUGGAUUCAACAAUACCGAAACGGAAACGAUCUACUGGAAUCAUAACUGAUGAUACCAUCAAAGACGAUAACAAAACAAAUCCAACCUUACAAUCAAAUGUGAAUGUGACUAUGGAACGACGUAGAAAUGCGCUAUUGAGUAUCGUACAACGUGAUAGGAUACGUGAAUUGAAUCAACAUUUGAUUGAUGAAAUACAAUCGGUAGAUGGUUCGAAUGGAAAUCAUAGACUAUCCAAAAAGUCAGUACUGCGAAUAGUGAAUGCACUGGAAUUACAAGGCUUACUUCGUAUGAUCAAGGUAACCCCAAAAGGUCUAUUUGCUGGAAAUCAACCCAAAUCAUUGUUACUCUCUCAUGAAUUGACGGAAACCGACCAAGCUAUCAAUACUUAUUUGGAAAGCCAACUCAACAACACAAAUAAGAUUUUACCUACACCCCGGACAACAACAACAACAACAAAGGAACAGAAGCCAUUGAAAACGGUGACAACAACAAUAGAACGUUAUGGUGAACGACGAAAUUAUUGCCCUAUAUCAUCUGAAUAUUUUUGGCGGUACAUUGCAAAACGUCACGGAUGGGUGGAUUCAAAAUGGUUACGCGCAAAAGAACUUCAUCUAUUUUUGGCCAAAUCUCAUUUACAGUCAUUGGAUGGUGCCUCAAUUGAUUCUGAAAACCAAACAAUGACCUUGUCGAAAAUAAUUACUACCAUGCCUUUUGAAUUAUUUCGGAAAGUGGUUGGCAUUCAUCAUCAUGAUCCAAUAGUGGAGUCUUUUGUGGAAGCAAAUGGUGAUAGGGAUUCUACUCUUUGUCUUGGCGACAUACCUGACAGCAUCAAACAUCAUUUGAUACCCGAUAGGUACCGAUUACGACGACGUAUUCAAGCACUUUUGACGAUAUUGGAAAAAUUGGAUUUGGUACGACUAUCGACUUGUGAUGAAUCAUUAGGUAACACGACAGCAUCAACAACUCCUAUCAACUUGUGUACUUUCCAGCUCGUAGGAUAUAUCAGAAAUUAUUCUUUACCGAAUCGACCUAUCUUGGUAAAGAAACCAUUGACGACAAUGGAGCAAGUGGACGAUUUUUGGAAUGAACUACAAUACACCUGCACCUGUGUCUAUGGAUCUGAUGUGCCUCAAAGUAUCAAGAAGGGUGGCGAUCUAUUAUCAUCUAUCACAUUGUCACGUACUUGGGUCAAUGGCGACUUGAUUACACCAAAGCAAAAACGAAUUUUGGAUCAGCAUGUUAACUACUCUCUUGGUAAAAUACCACCAAACGAAUGGAGUCUUUAUCUACAAUUAUCUCGCGAGACUGGACUACUACCAUACCGUAUCAGAUCGUACUAUAUCAACCUUGGCAUCGCAUUUACAAGGUGGAAAAAAUCAGGUCAUCAACGAGACUUAUCAACAGCAUCAUCAUCAGCAUUAUCAACAGUAGUAACUCAGGGAAACAGUGAUCAAAUACAACAGUCAAGCAUUAAACAAUACAAUAGAAAAAGGAAACGAUUAUUAGAUAGUACUGCUCAGAAACGGUUACAGGCAUCAGAAGAACAUCGAAAAAUAUCAAGAGCUACAGAUCAAAAACGACAAAGCACGGAAUUAUUCUCAGUACCUACUUCUGUUGGUAGUCGUUCUUUACGACGGAAGCCUAUAAAGGGAGUAGAUGAUUCUAUAUUGACAAGAGAUCAAAGAAACAAUGGCAAACGGACUAUCCAGCGAUUUUCAGCCUCUGAAAAAUCCAUUUUUCUGCAUGCGGUGGCUAUCAUGCGGCAUCGUGCAAAUGGCAGUUAUCUUAGUUGGAAACCUAUUGUACAGGUAUUACCGAACAAAACAAUUGGACAAUGCAUUAGUCAUAUGAAUUCCUUGAUCGCUAUAUCAUCACCAUCCCUUUGCACCUUGAAUUCUUUGGAAUAUAAAUGGGCAAGUAUUUAUCGUCGUGGUAUACAGUGCAAGGAUAUUGUGGAUGAAAAACCCUGGGAUACAAAAGAUUUUGAUUUGGCUGGCUACUUGGAAUACUUUUUAACUCAAUUGAUUUCAUGGGGAAAAGACAGUAUUCAAGAUUUACCAAAAAAUGUAGACAAUUUACAUGAUUUAUAUACUAUCACGUCGCAGGAAGUACCUAUAGGUCGUUUAUCAUGGAUGAGAAAAACGAAUUUGGUGAACAACACGUUGGGAAAUGUUUCAAUAAAUACUCAUGGUUACCCAAACAAAGAUAUUUUUAUUGCCAUACAACUAAUCAAGAUGAUUAUGAUCCAUCCUGAAGAAUCAUUCAGUCCACAUGCAGCUUAUAAUCUUCUAUGUCAAUGCUCUGAAAAGGAUGUGGAAGCUGCUUAUGCCUAUCUUCGGGACAAUGGUGCUGUCGUUUUAUCAAAACAUGGUGAUACACGACGGGUUCCUGGAAGACAGUUUAGAAUGUCAAACAAGUUUGUUAUGGCUAUGAAUGGACCUGUAUCAAUAGAAUUGUACAACAAUGCUUCUGACUUCCACCAGCAAAUCAUGGAUGACCAACCAGUACCGAAGGAUCUCACUGAUGGAAUGAUGGUAUCAUUACUGAACCUUUUAUCACAACGCAAGAUCGUUUUGGAAAAUCAUGCUUUCCAAUCUUAUAUGAAACAUGUAUCAUCAAGAUUAGUCUUCCCUCUUCCGAUUCGUAAACAUGACCGACGGGUGGAACAAUGGACCAAUAAACAUAUUGAUUUACGUAUACGACUGAAUGAUAGGAAAAAAUCAAUGACUCUCAACACAACGACAACAACAAUAGAUGCAAUGACGGCAGUACAACGGCCUACAGGACAAACCAAGGAAACUGUCAAAAAGUUGACAAGGAAAGAAGCUCAUAAGUAUCUCACAAAGCAACCAUUGAAAUCAUUUCGACAUGCCAAGACUUUGUAUGAUGGACUUGACAAGUUUGGUGUAUGUGGUGCAACGUCCAUGGAUCUCAAGCUUAAAUUACAAACUGUUUGUGGAUCUCUUGAUGAUAAGGAUUUGUUAUUGACUCUGGACAAAUUGAUGCAUCAUGACCCUCCAUUGGUAACCAAAAUUGGUCAAGAGGAUUUACGCUGGAUAUGUACCGAGUAUAUAGAUGGAUGGAUGAUCAAAUUAAAGGCUAUGGAUACAGCAAGUAGUAAUGAAGAAUACCUUCGAAUGAACAUAUGGUGUGACUUAAAUGGAAAUACAAAUCAUGCUAUACUACAAGCAUGUGAAUGUGCCUUAGUAGGUCAUAUUCUUCAAAAACCUGGCAUCACAUUGGACGUACUGGAAUAUCUUGUCAGAGAAACUAUGUCUAAAGCAGAAUGUAGACAAAUCUUGGACUUGCUUUUGGAAAAGGAUGUGAUUACUUGCCGUACUACCAUCAAACAAGAACCAGCCACUUUGUUUUCUACUCCUUUAUUCAAAUCUAUAGAUCCUAAAAUAACUAUUGCUCCAUCUACAACUAGUCAUUAUUUUACAAAACAUGAUUAUUAUAUAAAAUUGACUGUAAUAAAACGUUGACGAUAUUGGAUUUUUUUUA